UUCACAACAAAUAUUACAGAUGAAGGUGUAUUCAUUAUAUAUACUUAACAAGGCCGGUGGGUUGAUUUACCAGAACGACAUUCAUCCAGAAUUGAACAAGUUAUCUGCCAAUGAUUAUCUUGUCUUGGCUGGUACUCUUCAUGGGGUUCAUGCAAUUGCAUCCAAUCUUGGCCCAUCUAUACAAAAGACAGGGAUAAAUCCAACUUCUGGAGGACUGUCUGUGGGCUCCCAACUGACAACCUUGUCUUCAGAACACUCCACCAGUGGCGGAAGUAUUGGUGCUAAUAACAAUUCGUCGAGUAUUGUUUCACCACUGGCCGCAAACUCGUCAAUCAUUGCAACUGGUAAGUCUCAGAACCCAAAUUCAAAUAGAUCAGGACUUCAAAGCGUGGAGACGGAUUUCUUCAAUCUUUAUGUCUUCCAAUCCUUGACCGGGAUCAAAUUCAUCAUUAUUACAUCCCCCAACACCGUUGUACAUAACGUACAGGCAGCACCAGCAGGCGAGUUGGGAGACCAACUUAAACAUACCAACAAGGGUGAACUUUUGAAACAAUGUAACUUGGCCAGUGAUCUCUUUAAGCAGAUCUAUGUCUUGUACGGCGAUUACGUGAUGAAAAAUCCCUUUUAUUCGUUGGAUAUGCCUAUAAAAUGCUCAUUAUUCGACUUACAUGUGAAUGAAUUGGUUAAAUAAAAUGUC